UCCCAACACACAAACACACAUACACACUCUCCCGUGGCCGCCAUUCUUGCCCUCAGUCUGCCCGGAGCCAUUGUCACGCUCCGAUCGGCUCUCCAUUCGCCACGCGCACUGCUAGAGCGCGUGAGAAGACGGCUUGGUCCCCCCAGAAUUCCGAUUAGCCUCUCCUUCCGGCUGGACUCGCGCACCAAGUCUUCCCGCACGCGUACCUAUCACCUCAGGUAUUGCGCUGCGCUCUCCACACCGCUGGCGGCCAAUGUGAAAGCCAGACUGCGCUGCAAGCAAACCAUCGACGUGCUCCACUGCCGGCCAUAGACUGGAGUCUGCAAGGACGUUGGGAAUGGUCAUAGACACGUACAGGGCACAAAAGUACUUAAUUUCCGGUUCAGAGAUGUAAUAAAAGUUUCCGACGUACCUUAUCGCAACUGUACCUUAGACAUAGAAUAGAGAGGCUGGACGACCAUCGACGACCCGAAAGAAUUUGUUUCAGAUAAUUAUAGUUUUUCUUCACAAUCGCGCAACCGUGCGAGAUCUACUACCUCCAGCACAUCAUGAAUCCCGUUCGCAAAGCAACACCUGAUUCGGAAGCUGUGGGCUCUUCGGAGGAUGAGAAACCAUGGCCCUCUUCGAUGUCCUUCGGCAGGUUUCCGCUGAAGGAAGGCGGUGUUCCUGGUCUUCCUGGCGGCAUCUGGGCGACGCGCAGCGGUAGCUUUAAGCUGUCGGACAAGGCCAAGAUGGAUGUGCGUGCGAAUGUGCGACUCGGAGCCGUGAACCACGCCCACGCUGGUGCACGAGCGACGCCGUCGCCGUCUGUGAGCGAAGGUGCUGGUGCUGGUGCCUUACCAUUUGCUAUUCCUCUGCAGCCGGUCCCAAAGACUGGGCGGUCUUUGUCGCACUCCACCGGCCAACGCGAAGGUGGUUCGCGUUCUUCUGGACAGCAGCUCCUGCAACUGCAGCUGCAGCAGCAGCAUGCAGGUGCGACCGGACAUGCAUCUCUGCCGUUGGGUCUCCUUGCCGAGGAGGUGGACACGGAGUCAGAGUCGGAAGUGGGCACGAGACUCACGCAAACACUAUCACACCCCCCGAUGGGCACGCUGAUGCGUACAGCUACCCUGCCGCCGUCGUUUGACCACCCGCGAGACUCUAGUGACGGCAGCGAAUAUCACGGUGAUCUCUCAGCACAGCCUGGUCUGCUGCGUGGGCACACCUUUGGGGCUGCCUUCGCCAAUAUCUCCUUAGACCACUCUGGCCGUCGUGCGAGAUGGCAAAGCUCCCAGGGCUGGGAUGAUGUUCCCAACGCCAACGAGUCGCGACGACAUUCUCUGGCAGACAUCCCAACGCGCCGGGGCUCUCUGGCUGCUGGCGAGCCUUCCUCGCUCUCACGCCCCUUUGAGCAUAUUCCACAAGAGAGCGACGAAUACCAACAACACCGUACCAGCGACUAUCAGGGCUACGGCCUUGAGCGAGAGACUGAUCACAACAUGACGAGACCCACUGACAGCGACACCCAGUUCGACAUCCCAGCCAUGUACCGUGUGCCGCACGUUGCUCUCAGCCCGGCCGAGCGCCGCGACGUCGAGAUGUCACGCGACCGACAGCCGAGCGGCCCGCCAGCGUGGGGUCCGGGCGCCAGUCGUCCACGCAAGCAGCUGUACGUCGUCAGCUUCAAGUGCUCGCGCGUCGAGGUCUUCUACCUGCUCGAUAACACCGGCUUGAGGAUCCGCGAGGGUGAUCUUGUCAUCGUGGAGGCCGACCGUGGCCAAGAUCUUGGGACCGUGCAGCACGCCAAGGUUUCGCCGGAAGCGGCUCGUCUCCUCAAGAAAAAAUAUGGCGUAGAGCAGUACAAGUGGCUCAUGAUGUAUUCCGUCAACAAGGAAGGUGGCAUCAAUCCCAAUGCCCAGAUCCAGAACGACAAUGGCAGCCCCUUCACGAAUGCAGCUCUCAACAGUGACGGCCCUAGCGCGAUGCAGGGCGUCCUUCCUGGAGGCGCCUACCACAGUUUGAAGCCAAAGGCCAUCAAGCGUCUUGCCAGCGACCACGAGAUCAAGAUGUUGGCCGAAAAGGAAGGCAAUGAAGCCAAGGCCAAGCGCACCUGCCAGCAGAAGGUUCAACAUCUCCGCUUGCAAAUGGAGAUACUCGAUGCUGAGUGGCAGUGGGACUUUCAAAAGCUCAUCUUCUACUACUACGCGGACCACUACAUCAACUUUAAGGAUUUGAUCACAGAGCUGUAUCGCAUCUACAAGACUCGCAUCUGGAUGUCUGCCAUCAACCCUGCCUCCUUCUCCCAGCACGCCACGGGUCAGCCACCAAGCGGCAUCGGCCCAGGAGCUGUCGCGCCGUACAACCACUAUGCGAACAAUCAGGGCUACACUAUGGCGUACGGCGAGGAUGCAGAUCCCUAUGGCUCUCAGAUGCCGUACCAGAUCCCAUACGAGACCUACACUCCGAACUUUCCCAGCAUUCCCGGCGUUCCGAACAGCUAUGCACCGUCGCAUUACGGUGGACCGACGGGAACAAAUUAUGCCUUUUACGGUCAGGCCCCACUGCAGGCGCCGGCAGCACUCGCCUUCUCCCCCAGUGGGAACCAUCACGCAUCCGCCGAUGCUGCCCUCGGCAAUAGAACCAGUCAGAUGAAAGAACAGUACAGAUUUUCCGUCAAUCGGUCAGGAAAUGACGAGCACCUUCUCGCCGGUAUUAGCGGCCUCAUGUCUGUGCCAGAAAAUGGCAAAAUACAGGCAGCUCCUUCGGAGGGCCCGUUUUCGAGGGGUUUCCCAAGCAUCAAGGGAUCGACACAUCUGGAGAACAUCACCUCAUCGCCAUCACCAAAGACGUCGGGACGCAGGCAGCACCUGCCACCAAUUGGUACUCGCACUCGCCCAGUCUUCGGUGAAGACGUUUUCGGUACUCCCACCCUCACCGAUCAGCAAGCCCCGAACAUCGAUCCUGUUGAGUCUCGCCCAACUGAUCGAUCGCGACUGAUCUUCGGACAGCAAGCCCCCAUGAAUGACAGCGCUAGCCCAGAGGUACGCAUUGAGGGUAUCGCUGAGCUGGGUUCCAGCGCCAAGACGGACAACGAGAAGGCUGAAGAGAAGGCCAACAAGGCAGAUUUCAUGCUGCGAUAUCUCAACGACUCUCAUGUCGCAGAGAACCCCUAGGAAGAGUAGAUUUCUUCAUGAGAUAUGUCGCGGCCGGGCUGGCGACAUUCGGGAUAGAAGCAAGACAGAAGUUGGGAAGAUAUUAGAGCGAUGCAAUGUGAUGAAUUCACGCCCAAAUGCUACUUGAGUUUUUAAGGAUAUCUUGACUCAAAAAUCCUGUGUGAAUAAAAGGCAAAAAAAAAGUUAGUAUCUCUAUACUAGAUCUGUCGACUACGGUACUCCAGUCUGAUUGUCUAUAC